AUGAUUCGGGAUGAGAGCGAAUUAUGUGGAAUACAACCACGUAACGAUAUUCUGGAAAAAACUGCAAAAGAAAUUCGAUCAGCAACAAGUGCAGAGGUUUCGCUUCAAAAUGGUUGUGUAGUCUCGUCAAUAUCAACGCCAUAUGCACAGAAUGGAGCACCAUUCAUUUUGCCAAGUACUGUUACUAAAGGUGGUGUAGAAAAUUUCACAAAAACGCUUGUAACAGAAUGGGCAAAAUAUAGUACGCGAAUGUGA